CACACAGGGAUAGAGAGCGAGAAAGAAAGAGAGAGACAGAAAGAGAGCAUGCUGAACGACCUGAAACAGUCAGAUCCCUGAAGUGUGUGGAAGAGACCCGAGGAGGCGGAGGUCCGGUGAUGGACAUGACCGAGAGGUUCGUGGUUGUCCCCGUCGGCCAGGGCAACGGCAGCGCGGCCGAGGGACUGAGCCAAGAGCCCUCAACGUUACCUGCGUCGGCUGGAGGAGGAGGAGGUGAGGGAGAUUUGGGUUUGGAUGAGAGGGAAGCCGUGCCAAUCCUCGAGUACAGCCGGGAGCCCAACAAAUACGGUGAUGGAAACCCAAAAGAAAGCAGUCCUUUCAUCAACAACACAGAUAAUGAUAAAGGAACCCUAUAUGAUGGGAAAAACAUGGCACUAUUUGAGGAAGAAAUGGAUAGCAACCCCAUGGUGUCGUCACUACUCAGCAAACUGGCCAACUACACCAACCUUACACAGGGGGUUCGGGAGCAUGAAGAGGCAGAUGAGGAGGAGGGGGCGAAAAAGAAAACUGUCAAAAGUCCACAGAUGGGGACGUUCAUCGGCGUCUACCUGCCCUGCUUGCAGAAUAUCCUGGGGGUCAUCCUGUUUCUACGUAUGACUUGGAUUGUAGGCACUGCAGGCAUCCUGGAGGCCUUUAUCAUUGUAGCUAUGUGCUGCUCUUGUACAAUGCUUACAGCCAUAUCUAUGAGUGCCAUUGCUACAAAUGGAGUGGUCCCAGCUGGCGGAUCUUACUACAUGAUCUCCCGGUCGCUGGGUCCAGAGUUUGGAGGGGCUGUAGGACUGUGCUUCUAUUUGGGCACCACAUUUGCUGGAGCCAUGUACAUUCUUGGCACUAUUGAGAUUCUCUUGACCUACAUAGUGCCCAGUGCUGCCAUCUUUAAGGCGGAGGACAAAGCUGAUGAGGCGGAGGCCAUGCUGAAUAACAUGCGAGUGUAUGGCACCUGCUGUCUGACCCUGAUGGCACUAGUGGUGUUUGUGGGGGUGAAGUACGUGAAUAAGCUGGCGCUGGUCUUCUUGGCUUGUGUCGUGCUCUCCAUUCUGGCCAUCUAUGCUGGCGUCAUCAAGACCAUCUUCGAACCACCAGACUUUCCGGUCUGCUUGUUGGGCAACCGCACCCUCAAGAAUCAUGGCUUUGACAAGUGCUUAAAGACAGAUAUUAUUGACAAUGUGACAGUGACCACAAAGCUGUGGUCUCUGUUCUGCCAGUCCUCCGAUCUCAACUCUACCUGCGAUGAGUACUUUAACCUCAACAAUGUCACGGAGGUCCAGGGCAUUCCUGGUCUCACCAGCGGAGUCAUUUCAGAGAAUAUGUGGUCAAGUUAUGGCCCUUCUGACAUGCUGGUGGAGAAGAACAUGGCAUCAGUGGCAGCUUCUGACCCCACACUAGACCUUAACCUGCCCUAUGUAGUCAACGACAUUGCCACUUUCUUCACACUGCUAGUUGGGAUCUAUUUCCCUUCGGUUACCGGUAUCAUGGCUGGAUCCAACCGGUCCGGAGAUUUAAGAGAUGCCCAGAGGUCUAUUCCAAUAGGAACCAUUCUUGCCAUAGCAACUACUACCAUCAUCUACCUCUCCUGUGUGGUGCUGUUUGGCGCUUGCAUUGAGGGAGUGGUUCUCCGAGACAAGUUUGGAGACUCGGUCAAAAGAAACUUGGUGAUUGGUACUCUGUCGUGGCCCUCCCCCUGGGUGAUUGUGAUUGGCUCUUUCUUUUCCUGCUGUGGGGCAGGUCUGCAGAGUCUCACUGGUGCCCCCCGGCUGCUCCAAGCCAUCGCCCGAGAUGGCAUUGUGCCUUUCUUAGAGGUGUUUGGCCAUGGCAAAGCAAAUGGGGAGCCCACCUGGGCCCUACUGCUCACUGCGAUGAUCUGUGAGACGGGCAUUCUCAUUGCCUCGCUGGAUGCUGUGGCCCCUAUCCUCUCCAUGUUCUUCUUGAUGUGUUACCUGUUUGUGAACCUGGCUUGUGCUCUCCAGACUCUCCUGCGCACACCUAACUGGAGACCUCGCUUUAAGUACUACCACUGGGCGCUGUCUUUCCUGGGCAUGAGCCUGUGUCUGGCCUUGAUGUUCAUCUCUUCCUGGUAUUAUGCCUUGGUAGCUAUGCUUAUUGCUAGCUGUAUCUACAAAUACAUCGAAUACAGAGGGGCUGAGAAAGAAUGGGGUGAUGGCAUUCGUGGACUGUCCCUCAAUGCAGCUCGCUAUGCGCUUAUUCGACUGGAGGAAGCGCCACCACAUACCAAAAACUGGAGGCCUCAGCUACUGGUGCUGCUGAACCUGGACUCGGAGCUGCGAGUGAAGCACCCUCGUCUCCUCAACUUCACCACACAGCUUAAAGCAGGCAAGGGCCUCACCAUUGUGGGAUCAGUGCUCAAGGGUACCUACCUCGCCAAAGAGACUGAGGCCAAGAAAGCCGAGCAGAACAUUAAGACGGCCAUGAGUGCAGAAAAGACGAAGGGAUUCUGCCACGUCGUGGUGUCAUCCAACCUGCGGGACGGCAUUUCGCACCUGAUCCAGUCAGCUGGUCUUGGGGGGAUGAAGCACAACACUGUGCUGAUGGCAUGGCCCGGCACAUGGAAACAGUCCAAUGACCCUCUCUCAUGGAAAAACUUUAUAGAGACUGUGCGAGAGACCACAGCUGCCCACCAGGCGUUGCUGGUGGCUAAAAAUGUGGACAACUUCCCUCAGCAGGAGAGACUUGGAGAGGGCACCAUAGAUGUAUGGUGGAUUGUCCAUGAUGGAGGAAUGCUCAUGCUGCUGCCCUUCCUGCUCCGCCAGCACAAGGUGUGGAGGAAAUGUAAGAUGCGUAUCUUCACUGUAGCUCAGAUGGAUGACAACAGCAUUCAGAUGAAGAAAGACUUGCAGAUGUUCCUGUAUCAUCUUCGGCUGGACGCUGAGGUUGAGGUUGUGGAAAUGCAUGAUAGUGAUAUAUCAGCUUUCACCUAUGAGAAGACCCUGGUCAUGGAGCAGCGCUCACAGAUGCUGAAACAGAUGCAGCUCUCCAGGACUGAGCGGGAGAGAGAGAUUCAGAGCAUCACUGACGAAUCUCGUAGCUCCAUUCGGAGGAAGAACCAAACUGGAGCCCAGUGCUCAGGCGUGAGUAACCAGUGUGCUCCACUGGAGGACGAAAAGGACAAUGAGGCGCAGCUCAUUCAUGACAAGAACACCGCAUCCCAUGCAGCUUUGAACGACAAGCCCGAUGCCACUCCUGAGCGGGUCCAUAUGACCUGGACCAAAGAGAAGUUAUUCACCGAGCGCAAUCGCAAUCGAGAGCCAAAUGCCAGCAUGGGUGUACGGGACCUUUUCAACAUGAAGCCAGAGUGGGAGAGUCUCAACCAGUCUAACGUGCGUCGCAUGCACACUGCUGUUAAGCUGAAUGAGGUGGUUGUGAACAAGUCCCAGGGAGCCCAGCUGGUCCUCCUCAACAUGCCUGGACCACCAAAGAGCCAGGGUGGAGAUGAAAACUACAUGGAGUUCUUGGAGGUUUUGUUAGAAGGUCUCAACCGGGUCCUGUUGGUCCGUGGUGGCGGCCGGGAGGUUAUUACCAUCUACUCAUAAACUCCCUCGCUGCCCCCAAGUGUCUUUGAAUAGAGUUAUUUUUUUUGGCAGCAUGGCCGGGUGUAUGUGGCAAAACAGACUGGGUUAGUGGCAUUAUGGAGGGCUGUGGUGUGUCUGGAGAGACUGUGGGCAUUUGGCCUUGAACAGAGAGCCAAGGGAGACCACCUGAGGCGUUUCAGACAAGACGCAGGAUCACCACAGGCCAAAGGAUGAAGCAGUAUAAGGACACUUUAACUUGCGCUUGUUCACUCUGUGUUCUUUUAUUGUAUGUUUUUUUUUUUUUUCUCCUUAAACCCUUGCAAUUCAUGUUCAUUCAUGUUCAGUGAAGGAUGUGUAAGUUCAUCAAGCUGUCUGUGGUAAUGUAUGUGCAAACGUCACCUGCUUUGUUGUUUUGUAAUUAUGGUUUUCUGAAGGAAUCUAUGUCUCCACACAAGGUGCGCAUACUGUGGCUGCGUUUGUUUGACAGCCAUGGUCUGCUCUGAUUUUUUUUUUUUUUUUUUUUUUUUGCCAUUUCUGCAGCAAUUUCUGUGAGAUUACACGCUGACGGACAGGAUUACUGUCUCUCCAUUUUGCUGCUCAUCAGGAGGAGCAGUGUUAAAGCACUCAACUUAGGGACCCUGUUGCACCACAGCAGCACUUAGUGUGUUGUUCUAGAGGCCCAGGCUGCUCCCGGGCCUCUGCUACAUACACUCAAGCUUUAUAACUAGAAAACAGUUACUUUUUGCAUUUCCAUUUACAUACAAAGAUGUUAUCUGUUAACAUGGAGAGAAUCCCUCUGCUCAAUCAUACAUUGGGUUAUGCAUCCUGAUUGUAUGUUUAGUCAGGGACUUUCCAGGAAAUCUUCAUUUGUGAUAUGUAUCAGACUCUGAGACUAAGGUUCAGAUUCAAAUAUUAAGGGAGUAUUUAUUUGUGUUCUUUGCAAAUGCUAGUUGUGUCAGCAUUGUUAGAGGCCUAAAAGUGGUAUGCAUGAGAUUGUGUGGGUGUGUGUGUAGGUGUGUGUUUGUUUUGAGGAAAGUAAGGAAUGUUACUUUACUGAAUAUUAUUUAAUUGGAUUUGUGCAAUAAUGUUUGUUCCUUCAUUGCAUUGCUAACAUAUCAUUGUCUUUAGUGUCCGGUUGCUUUGACGUUUUUGUAUUGUAAUCCUGUAUGGUAAUUUAAAUACCAUCAGUGCUCCAGGAAUAUAGCCAUGGCAUCUGUGCUCUAAGAUCUUUGACAAUCUCUGACCUCUACAGUUUUGAAUUCAUAUUACCAGGAAUCCUUAAGAGUGUGGUUUUCUUCACCUACACAAUGCGGAUUGCUGGAAAACCAAACGAACCCUGUCAUACUGGCUUCACUUGGGCUGGGGGUUUUCACUGGCAGGCAGUUGCUGUUGAUGCAAAGACAACACAUUAGAGUCUGCAGUGCCACACUAGAUGCACCAGCAGCAUUAUUGCUUACUGGGCAUCGUUGGCAUUGCAGACCCAAAACUAAGCAUACUUGAAACCAGCAUGACAGCAAGUAGUUCACGAAGCUUUAGACUGUCCUCCAAGUUGAAGUUAUCCCAUUUCCACAGGGUCAUGACAUGCUUGCAACCAAAGUUACAUUUCUGUUAAUUUUUGGAACAGCUCACUUAGCUUCUGCCUUGAGACACCCAUGUGUUAGUUCUAUGAGGUGAUACCCUUUUAAUGGUAUGAUAAAGAACUUGGAUAUGUUACUGCAGCUAGAGUUUUAAAUGCGGAGCAACUCAACGUUGAGCACUGACAAUCAUAUAGAGCUUAAAGGGCUUCUGCAUUCAGGCCACAAGUCAGAAAAAGGAAGUCAUGACGCGACUUGGGGCAUUGCUGCAGUCUGAGUUUUCACCAGCUCAGUUUGCAAAUGUAAGGAACCGAUUUGUAGGAAAUCUUGUUUUUGUUUGAGAGAGAAAACAAGCAGUUACUGAAUAAGGAAAUACUGUUAAUGAUUGAAUCCCUUGAGUGUGUACAUUUAAUUUAAGUAAAGUUUUUAAUCUAAUGUAUUUGUGUAAAAGAUUUUUGUGCCAAACAAACUAGAUUUUUUUUUUCUUUUGUGCAAGACUUUGUGGCUUUAUGCUCAGAUGUUGUACCCAAAUGUCACUUCCUUCUUUUUUUUCCCCCCCAAAAGCAUUUUUGUAGUCAACCAUUUAGUGGAUAAAAGCAAUGUACUAAACCCUUUAAGAAGAUGUUUCCAUGAUUUGAAAGCUUGAAUUGGCUAGAGUCUUCUUGUCUGUACAAUGUAUUAAACAUUGUGUCAGAAAGAGCAGGAUUGGCUGGGAUUUCCUGAUGUCAUCUCUUAUGGUCUUUGGCCCUUUUGGCCCAAAGUGUCCUCCUUGGUUUCAGAUGCAGUACGAGCCUGUAUGGUGGAAAAGGGACACCUCACUGUAUAUAUUUGGACAGUUUCUUUUAAACGUUUGUCUAUUUUCAUUCUUUCUUUCUUAGCUGUGCAGUAUUUUGUAACCAGAACAUUGUAUUUUUCUACAGUACGUUGUGAUGUCAUCGUAGAAGGUGCCACAGAAAUCGAACUCCUAGAAACAACUUGGCUGAUGUGGAAUUCUCUUUCUGUGGAGUUUACCAUCAAUAUCUACUCAUGCACUAGUGUACUUAGUCUUGUUGUGUUGUCUGUGGUUGUAGACUCUGCUCUUCAGUUAUGUUACUCUUAAGUGAUAUGUUUCAAUUUAGUAGAACUUGUGAUUUUGUCUUUUUUAAUAUGAGGAUGUGAGCAUGUAUGAGUUUGUUUUAUUUUUUUUUUUCCUUAUUUUCUUUUUUCCCCUCCACUGAUUGGGAGUGCGUCAUACAAUGUUUUUUUCCUGUUUCAAAAAGUACAUUGGGCGAACUCUUCUGUUAUGGGACCAGGACAAUGGGUUACAGCGAUCUUACAAACCAUUGUUAUCAGAAUUUUCCACAUUUCAUCACCAAAGAUUCAGCAUGUGAUAAUGUAGCAAGGUUUUAGCUGUUGAAAUGUUUCUUAAGGCAUGUUACUUGAGCUGAUGAUGAGGAGGAUGAUAAUGAUGAUGAUGAUGAUGAAUUGUGACCCACCAAAGCAGAUCCUGACAGGAGUUACUGAUAUACAGUAUUGUGCAAAAGUCAGAGACCACCAUUUCAGUAAUAUUUCAUUUCCUGUGGGAACAGCCAUGAAGUACAAGUUAUUCAUUUUUCAGUGUCAUGAAACGACUGAAUAUAAUCAGUCAUAAUGAAUACAGUGUUUCAUUGUGUCCACCCUUUACCUUUCAUUAUUUUCUGGAGACUUGCUUCAGUUUUUCAAAGAAAUCUACAAGGACAUCUCACAACCCAAGUAGUCCCAAACACAGUCAGUGAUACAGAGGUCUGCACUGGAGUGGUCAGUGCUCAGAGAACACCAGCAGCAGCAGCUUUAUUAUUUGAUUCGCAUAAGGGGGAAGUUAGGACAACGCCACCCUUCUUUAUUUAACCUUGUGUCUGAGCCCCUCAGAAAUAUCUCCUGAAAAUGUAUAUCCUGUACUUAGACAUUUUGACUAGAUGUAAAAUAAAUGAAGGGUGGUCUGACUUUGGCACAAUACAGUACAGCCAGAGUGGGUGGGUCAAUCUGAUUACCAGCUCACAAUUAUUAUAGAGCUGGGUUAAUCAAGACUCUACAUUGGCUGACAAGUUUCUUUAUACUAAGAACGCAUUUGUGUUUACAGGAAAGACGAAGUGUGUGUGUGUGUGUGUGUGUGUGUGUGUGUGUGUGUGUGUGUGUGUGUGUGUGUAAGAGCGAGAGAAAAGAAAAUGUACAACAGAGUUAGAUCCAGAAACUGAUUUCACAUGAGGGGAUCCAAAGUCCCCCAUCAUUUUGAGAAACAGAAAUCGGCUAAGAGGGGCACACACAAGCAAAACCUGCACAACCCUUGUUCAUUUAAAGCUGUUCUGUUCCAGGAUUCAAAAGUGGCACACGUUUGUAGGUUGUUACAUGUGAAGAUAGGGGAGGAGAGCCCAUAAAGUUGUGCCUCUGACUCAUUUAAAUAAAAGUACUGAAACAAAAACA